AUGUUCAAAUUUCUUCUUAGGCCCUCAUCAUUGUUUUCCAAAAGAACAACCAAACUCAAGCAUUUGAUCUAAUCAAAAGAAUUGGAGUUUAUCAUGGAAGCUCAUAAUGGACUAUCAGCUCUUAUAGUGCAAGAAGCAGGUUUCAAAGGCAUUUGGGCUUCAGGAUUAUCAAUGUCAGCUUAAUUGGGAGUAAGAGAUUGCAACGAGGCUUCUUGGACUUAAUUGUUGGAAGUCUUAGAAUUCAUGGCAGAAAGAACUACGAUUCCAAUAUUAAUGGAUGGCGAUACAGGAUUUGGAAAUUACAAUAAUGCAAGAAGAUUAGUAAGGAAAUUGGAAGAGAGAGGGAUUGCUGGAGUGUGUUUUGAAGAUAAGAUCUUCCCCAAAAGAAACUCUUUGGGUGACGGGGCCUAAGAAUUGGCAAACAUUUAGGAAUUUUCAAAUAAGAUCAAGGCAUGCAAAGACCAUUAGAGGGAUAAAGACUUUUAGAUAGUGGCUAGAUGUGAAGCAUUCAUUGCUGGAUGGGGUUUGGAUAGUGCCUUAGAGAGAUGUGAAGCUUACAGAAAGGCUGGGGUUGAUGCUGUUUUGAUUCACAGUAAGAAAAGUGAUUUUACAGAAAUCGAGUAAUUUUUAAAGGCUUGGAAUAAUCGAUUGCCAGUUGUGUUGGUUCCAACAAAUUAUUACAAGACACCAACUGAGGAAUUUAGAAAAAACAAUGUAAGUUUGGCAAUAUGGGCUAAUCACAAUUUAAGGGCGAGUGUAAAGGCCAUGCAAGACACAAGCAAACAAAUAUUUGAGAGACAAAAUUUAUUGGGAUUGGAUUAGAUAGCGAGUGUUAAGGAGGUGUUCAGAUUGUAAAAUGAGAAAGGGUUAGAGGAGGAUGAUAAGAAAUAUUUAUGACAUAGUAUUAUUAUUAAAUGUUUUAAUGAAAUUCGAUAUAUUAAAUAAA